AUGACGUCAAUCGAACUAAUCACAGAUCCUUGGCUUCCUUGUCCACAAAGAGUCCAUUUGGCCAUCCAUGAACUGGGUAUUGAUAUCAACAUUCGAGAAUUUACCCUCAAAGAAAAGGAGCAUAAGAGCGCUGAAUUCCUCAAAAUGAACCCCUUUGGAGCAUUGCCAUGUCUGAAGGACUCUUCCUUUGACCCGCCUCUUGUGCUAUAUGAAUCCCGGGCCAUUGUCAGGUAUCUUGCGCUGCAAUAUGGGCCAGGUCGUCUCAUGCCCACUCCAUCCGAUGUACGAGCCACAGCACUCUUCGAGCAAGCAGCAAGCAUCGAAUUAACGUCAUUUGACCCCGUUGCAAACCGUCUGGUAUUUGAGGAAUGCUUCAAACCGAGGUUCUUUGCCGAGGGUGAUGAUUCUGUUGAUACAACGUUGGUAGCUAGUUUAAGAUCUCGACUACUGGUCGUGCUCGAUAUCCUGGACCAGAUUUUGGGAAACCAAAGCUAUAUGGCUGGAGAGGAUUAUUCGGUAGUGGACUUGUUCUAUGUGCCUUAUAUGCAUCAUCUCACUACCUCAGUCUGGCCUUCGGUGUUUGAAAACCGACCUCAUUUGAAGUCAUGGUGGGGAAAGAUGAAGCUCCGCCCUAGUUACCUGGAAAUCACCCGAUCUUCAUAUUAG